CCAUUGCAUUGAGAGUAUUCUGGUACAAUUGAUUAAUUGAUUGCCUUAGCUUCUAUUUGUACCAUUUAGUCAAGAGACGACUCCAUGUUAGUCUAUUGCCACACUAGCCAACCUUCCUUUUUGUACUAACUGUUAGUCAAGUCUUGAGUUGAGAGUCUGGGAUUGAUAGUGGAAUAACGUUUUAGUUGUAGUUAUGCGCCUGAGAUCCUUUACUGACUCUUUAGUUUCGCUAGCACGAACAAAGUAUGUCGAGAAGCAAAGUCGUAAGAUUGUUUUCGAUCGUUUUUCUGUCGUGGCAAAAGACUCUUGUUCGAGUCAAGAGAGAAUGUUGCCCAGUGAGUUGGCCACGAAAUACGUACAGUCGUUGAUGAAGCGCGCCACUCUAAAAGUCGAAACUAGCAAGUCAACAAAUGACUAUAGUAAAGUCAAGGUUUCCAAUUUUAAGCAAAAAGAUGAAGAAGAGUCAGACAGAAGACUCAUAUCGCAAGUAAGGGCAAUGUUUGCAAGCGAGCAGGUCGAUAUAAGUCCUUGGGUUUCCUCGACGAGGAAAUAUCAGGAAAUAUUUUGUCAGCAUGUUGCCAAUCUUCUUGCUCAUCAUAUGAACAAGUUACUUUUGGAACCAAGAGCAAGACUUGUUCAGAAUUUUAUGCAGGACUUUACCUUGUCAGAAUUGGAAGUGUUGGAAAGGUUGAAACGUGUUAGUCAGUGGACUCAAGAAGCUUCUUUCUUUUCAGAAUCAACUAAAUGUUUUCAAGAUUUGGAUAUUUCUUUGCUAGAAGAGCAAACAGAAGCAGGAGAAUAUUCACUGCACAGUGCUUUGGAUAUGAAUUCAGAUCCGUUACUUGUUGCUAGAGAAAUGAUGACUUCCCCUGUAUUUAAAGUGCUUUGGAGGAUACUCAAUUCGAAUGAAGGAUUCAUGGCCCUUUUAUUUUUAAGAGGAACGUUAUCUUUGAAUAGGAAUGCCAUAAGUCUACAAGGCUGCAGCGGACGUCAGUUGAGAUAUCAUGUCAAUCAAAUUUGUGAACAAAUGCUUCAAUCAGAUUUGCUUGUCUUUGAAUCUGGUUCUCUGGAGUCGAACGGUCGUUCUUUGAUGUUUACUUUGAAUGAUUGGCGUGAGGAAUGGGGUAUUCGUCGUACUAUGCACGACUUGGUGGAUCGUCUGUACAGAGGCUAUCGAUUUUAUAAUCUAAAACACAAGUUGAUUCCUUCUUAUUCACUAGGGACUCUACAUUUUCAUUUUGCCAGUAGCAUUCCAAUCAACGAUGAAAGUAUUUUAAAGACAAGUAUAGCUUCAGUGGAUAAGAGAGCACAACAUUCUAUUGCCGUUAUUAAUCAUAUUCGAGUUCGUUCAUUUAUAGGAGGACUAGGCAUGGAACAACAAUUUAUCAAUCAUAUUAUUACUACAGAGUUGAGAGAAAAUUCCAAAUAUUUGGGUGAUAUUUAUACAUUAUCUCCUAUUCCAUAUUUUGUACCUUGGCUUUUCCAUCAAAUGAAGCUUUAUUCCAAAGUGAUUGAAGGAGAUGAAUGGGACACGCUCGUAUUAACUAGUCGAGACGCAGCUGUUGUAGAAGAUAUUUUGAAUUGGCUGAAAAGUUCAACACAAGAUCCCCAUCAUGUAAAACAAAUAGCUCAGUUAGAACAAAGACUUAUAAGAGGAAAGGAGACUCUCAUGAAACUUGUAAGUUAUUUCCUUCUGAAUGCCAAAGGAAGAAGAAUGCGUUGUUUGGAUUCCGUUGCGAGAAUGCAUUUUAGUAAUGGAGCGGAAUUAUAUCGUAUCAACUUUAUGGCAGAUUUAUCGAGAAGAAGAUUGCGACAAAGUUUGGGUAUCACGGUGAAUUAUCGUUACAAACAAAAAGAACAAGAAAAGAACAUAUUAAACUUCUAUGAAAAUGAUAACUUGGCAGUUGCAGAAGAAGCCAUACGUUUGCAACAGUUGGCCAAUCUAGUAGAUCCCCAUCACUGUGCUUCUUCAUUAUAGAAAUAUACUUUUGUAGGAUAAUUUUUGUUUCAUUCUA